UCAAUCGGCCAAUUAUUGUGACGAUAACGAAAAUCCAAAAGUGAUGGAUUUUCCAGAGUCAGACGAUUGUCGCUGGUCUAUCAAAUUUAAACCAUCUAACAUUUUGUUGUAUUUAUAUCGAUUCCUGGUCAAAUCCACAACAGUGGUUAUUUUCGCUUCCAUUCUGAUAGCUAGCCGAUAAAGAUUUUCGUUCCGAGGAAAAAAGAUAGUAUAGCAAUAGAAACAUUUUUCUAAUUUCGUAUAUCGCACCGAUAGUCCGUAUCUUUUUUCUACUUUUGUCCGACAAUCGUACGACAGUUCUGUGCUACUAGGGCCUGCUGUGGUACAAAUAUGCGGUGUCCAGCUGUAGGGGGCAGUCAGCUGGUGCUCGUGGCACGGCGAGCAGGUGGCGCUUAAUCCGCGCGGUUUAUCUCCUUGACGACAAUUUGCGGCGCACGCCCUUCCCUCCGUCUCCGCCCGCCCCGCCCGCAGCGGGAGUGGGACAUCACUCAGGUCGCAUCAGAGGUAGCCCGGGGCUGCUAACGAGGUGCUCGGAGGGGGCUCGGUGACGCCUUACAGGUGCGUGCGUGCCGUCCUCGUCGCACCCAUGGCGAGCCCCACCCCGCGGAGCGGGAGAGCUAGCGCUUGUCCUCCCUCAGUUUGGACCAGCCGCGAGCUGCCGCUGCUCACCUCCCCGGCGCGUGCCUCCGGUGCCGAAACACCCGACAGGCGAACUACCUCUCAAAAUCGGUCUAGUUUGAAAAGGGCGAGAUUUCUUUUAUUAUUGAAAACAAAAGUACAGAACAGUGCGAAACAUGCGACAAAGUGCGUGUUGGGGUUGGGUGGCUCUGCGGGUAUGAGGUCACCGAGAACCGCGAUGAGGGGCGCCGUCGCCUGUCGACCGGGACCGAUAGUUCGCCAACCUCGUCACGGACGUCGUGCGUCGCGGGCGUGAUGGUGCCGGGAGUACCCCAGUGAACGCGCUGUCUCCACGAGUCCGGGAUGGCGUCGUCGCUCUCGCCGCCCUCCCUUCCGGAGGCCACCGCGGUGGUGCUGCUCCGCAGGUACUCGACGGACCCGCAGCUCGAGGAGGCCGCCGAGAAGCUCACCAACUGCGCGCGGACGUUCAAGCAGUACCUCGCCGCCAUCACCGUGAACAUGCUGGGCUUCGUGUUCGGCACGACACUGGGCUGGCCCGCCAUCGCGCAGCCGCAGCUGCAGUCCAACGAGACGGACGUCAACCCGCUCCUGAUGGACGGCGAGGCGUACAUCAUCUCCAACAACGACAUGUCCUGGCUGUCGGCGGUGCUGUGCGCCGCCUGCGUCGUGGGCACGUUCGUCUUCGGCUGGCUCGCCGACCGCCUGGGCCGCAAGAAGGCGGGGCUGGUCGGGGCCGUCCCCUACGUCGUGUCGUGGCUCUGCAUCUUGUUUGCAGACCACAUUGCGUGGCUGUACGUCGGGCGCGUGCUGGCGGGCCUCGCGGGGGGCUCCUCGCUGGUCGUGUGCCCUCUCUACGUCGGCGAGACGUCCGAGGACUCGCUGCGCGGCCUGCUCGGCUCGCUCUUCUCCAUCAUGCUCACGGCCGGCAUCCUCUUCACGUUCGUCGUGGGCGCCUUCAGCAGCUUCCGCGUGCUGGCCAUCGUGUGCCUCACGCUGCCGUGCGCCUUCUUCGUCGCCUUCCUGUGGCUGCCGGACACGCCCGUGUACCUGCUGAGCCGCGGCGAGGUGCCGCUGGCCGUGCGCUCGCUCACCUGGCUGCGCGGCGGCCGCGCCGACCUGGUGGACGACGAGCUGGCCAAGCUGGUGGCCAACAUGAAGGACGGCCACGACGAGGGCUCCGGGGGCGCCUCCUCCACGCCGAGCGCCAUGGACAAUCUGCGGCAGCUCGUGGCCACCAAGGCGUCGCGGCGCGCGCUUUUCAUCGUCAUGACCCUCUUCACCGCGCAGCAGUUCAACGGCAUCAACGCCAUCCUCUCUUACACGGUCGAAAUCUUCGCGGAGUCGGGCAGCUCGCUCGAACCCGUCGUCGCCACCAUCAUCGUGGGCUUCCUGCAACUGGUGGGCGUCUGCAUCGCCUCGGUGGCGGUGGACCGCGCGGGCCGCAGGGUCCUGCUGGUCGUGUCCUACGUGUCCAUGUGCGUGUGCCUCGCCAUCCUGGGUGGCUGCUUCUACAUGAAGAAGGCACUGGGCCAGGACAUCACGUCCAUCGGCUGGCUGCCCGUGGUCUGCCUGUCGCUGUACAGCGUGACCUACGCGGUGGGCGCCGGCCCCGUGCCCUUCAUCCUCGUCUCGGAGCUCUUCAGCUCGAGCGUCCGGAGCCUCGCCACCUCCAUGAGCAUCUCGCUCUGCUCCAUCCUCGCCUUCAUCGUCAUGAAGUUCUACCCCGAUGUGUGCGCCGGCAUAGGGGUGCACGGCUCCAUGUGGCUCUUCUCGGGCUUCUCGUGCGCCGGGGCGCUGUUCGCGUGGUUCGUCGUCGUGGAGACGAAAGGCAAGCCGCUGGCGGUGAUUCAGCACGAGCUGGAGGGCCGGAAGCCCGCGCCCAGGACGGGGCCCUUUGCCGGGAGCGCGCGCACCUUCAACCCCGCGCCGGGGGACAUCUACUACCAGCCGGCCACCGAGGCCCGCGACCGCGAGGAGAUGAGCGAGGCCUCCGUGUAGGCCUCGGCGGGGCGGAUGUCGAAUCAAUAAUAAAAGCACCGCUCGUUUUGUUUACGUCCCGUCUUCUUC